GCCUUCUAAUGUCGUAUACUGUCGUGACAAAAAAAAAACAUGGCUGGAAGUACCACAACUGCACCUAUUACUAGUUCUCUAUCGAAACUGCAAUCAUUGAAUGGACUCUUUGCAAUUUAUAAAAAGCAAGGACCGACCUCUGCAGAUGUUUUGAACAAACUGAAAGAAACUUUACUCAAGGAAGCCGGCGUGCAGAACCCGAACCCGAGAAAGAGGAAAAAACAGAGUCUGAAGAUGGGUCACGGAGGAACGCUUGACAGUGCUGCCAGUGGAGUAUUAGUUGUUGGUGUUGGAAAUGGCACAAAAAUGCUCAGCACAAUGUUGGCUGGUUCGAAGAAAUACACCGCUGUGGCAGAAUUGGGUAAAGCAACAGACACCCUUGAUGCAACUGGCAGUGUUACGGACGAGAAAGAUUUCCAACACAUUACCAAGUUUGAUGUGGAGGAGAAGCUGAACAAUUUUGUGGGCAAUAUCAUGCAAGUCCCACCACUUUACUCAGCACUGAAAAAAAAUGGCCAGCGAAUGUCUGCCCGUCUGAAGAAAGGCGAAAAGGUCGAGGCCAAACCUGCGAGGUCUGUUACGGUGUACAACUUGACCCUGCAAGAGUUCAAACCACCCUUGUUCACUUUGGAUAUUGAAUGCGGUGGUGGAUUUUAUGUUCGGAGUUUGGUGGAUGACCUGGGAAAAGCACUCUCGUCGUGUGCUCACGUCAAGGAGCUGGUCCGCACCAAGCAGGGUCAGUUCACUUUGGAGCAGCAUGCCUUACACGAGGAGCAAUGGACACUGGAACACGUUCUCAAGUCGCUGCAACCAUGCCCAGAUUCAGAAACCACUCCGGAUGGUAUGGCAGCACCAGAUGGAGAAACAUGAAGAAAAAUCCGAGAAACUGAUUCCGGCUGUGGGUCAGCCAUCAAUGCCUUGAUUAGUUAUUUUCAUGAGGUAUCUUUUGGCGGAGAGUAUCACUUGUUUUUUUUUUUUGUAUUUGAAAAGCUUGUUUAUAGACUUAAGCAAGUAAGUUGUGAUUUUUUGUUGUUGUUGUUGUGCUGUCCGUGGUUUAAUUUCCAAGCAUUCUAGCUUUCUACACCAUUUUUUCCCUUACAUCAUGUGUGUAAAAGAGAAGUGGACCCACACUGCUAAACUCAGCCACGGGUCAGCACAUAUCCCUUGUGUUGCAUUACAUACCUUGGAUAACGACAAAGUUCCUCUUUAUUUGGAGUCAUUCUAAUCUGUACCAGUCAUUUGUUUAAGGUGACAUUUGUUUAAUUACUAUUGGAAGGAAGGAUUGCAACAAUUAUACGACUCAUCAUAA